AUACAUCGGCAACCCAGUCGUAACCACGCCUCCACCGUGUGUGUACACUUGCUAGUUUCACCUGCUCAGCUCACCUGUGCCACUUGGUACCGUCUCACGCCGUGGCGUGGACCUGUCGCAUCCCGCGGUCCGAAGCCUUCGCAUCACGUGGAUAACUGCCACACUCUGGCCAGCACUUAUCGCUUUCUGUGACGGUACCUUUGUGGAAUCCCGGUACCGCUCGUACCACCGCGGGUCUUGUACUCAUCGUAUACACUAACUGGCACAGGUUGCUGGUAGCAGUAGACAUUUGAAGCAGUGUAGCACUAGUUGUUUCACAGUGGUACCGCGCUGAAGGCGACUAGAAACUAGCCACCGUGAGCUGCUAAAGCUCCGGUAUCUGAGAGACGAGCCCAGACAACAUGAGAGUGAUGGUUUUAACACACAAUACCCUGCUGCUGGCGUGCGUGAUGGCGUGUGUGUGGGCAUGGGGAGACGGGCACGAGAGGAACCCGUGCGCCCUGCAAAUAGUACGGGGAGGGAAGCCCCGGACCACUCUCCAACACCACCUUUUUAACAACGUGCUGAACGUGCCAACUUUGGCAGGAAGUGUAUGUGUAACUUACGCUGAUGUAGAUGCCGCCCUCUACGCCGCCUCUACAAGAAUAACCGUCACUCCACCAGAGAGAGAGGAGUGGAUGCCUGAGGAGCUAGCUCGAGUUGGCGAACUGUUACUGGAGGCUUCAAGAAUCAUCGCCGCUCAGUACGGGUUGACACAUUCAGAGGUAAUCCACAACUUGCCGCUGCUGGACACACGAAAGACGGCAAUAGCUAACGUUUGUCCUCGUUUCACCUCGCCCAUGACCUGCACCCCGGGCAAGUAUCGCAGAUUUGACGGCCUCUGUAACAACCUUUACAGCCCUAGCUGGGGUGCCGCCAAAGCUGUCUUCUCCAGGUUCCUCCCUCCUGACUACGGUGAUGGCAUCAGCUCCCCUCGUCUGGCCCUGGACGGCUCACCACUGCCCAAUUCUCGCCACGUCUCUUCCCUGAUUCAUCGUGAUGAUGGCUUCCACGACCACGCCGCUACCCUUAUGCUCAUUGCCUGGGGUCAGCUCAUGGACCAUGACUUCACUCUCACUGCCACUCCCCUAGACAGACGAACCCGUAAUGAGUUUGAAGAGUGUUGUAAUCGUCCUCCCCACCUGAAGAACCCCUACUGCAUGGAGAUAGAAAUUCCUCAUGACGACCCCUUCUACAGGCUCUUCAAGUUCACUUGUAUCGACUUCGCCAGAGGCUUCCCAGGUGUUCAACAGAACUGCAAGUUAGGUCCUCUCAUACAGUUCAACCUCCUGACGGCUACCAUCGACGGCAACACAGUGUACGGAGGAAGCGCAUCAGCAGCCAGAGAGUUGCGUUCUGGUAGAGGAGGUCUUCUGCGACAUCACGAAGCUUUCCCAGGCCUGCCUCUGAAGGCUCUCCUUCCUCUUAAAACAGACAUCCCUGACGAAGGCUGUAUCCGCAGCGCUGGCUCUCAGAGGUGCUUCCUUGCAGGAGAAAUCCGAGUUAACGAGCAGUUGAUUCUGACGUGUGCCCACACCCUCAUGAUGAGGGAACACAACCGCAUCGCGCUGCAACUGGCUGUCCUCAACCCACACUGGGGCGACGAACGUCUCUAUCAGGAAACUCGAAGGAUCGUCAUAGCGCAGAUCCAACACGUCACCUACAACGAGUUCCUGCCUCAACUACUUGGCCGAGAUGUGAUGCACAAGUUCGACAUACUACUGCAGAAGGAGGGUUACUGGGACGGCUACGAUCCCAAGGUUGACCCCAGCAUCUCCAGCGUAUUCUCCGCCGCCGCCUUCAGGUUUGGUCAUUCUCUCCUGCCGUCCUCCGUCGAGCGAUGGAGUCCCACCCACAAGUUCAUUGCCUCCAAACGUCUGCACGAGUUGAUCCGACAACCAUAUGACUUGUUCCGUCCCGGUGUGUUGGAUGAAUACUUCAUGGGUAUGUUGAACCAGCCCAGCCAGGCCAUGGACGAUGGUAUUACACAGGAGGUCACCAACCAUCUGUUCGAAAAGGAAGAAGAUAGGUAUGGCUUCGACCUGGUCGCCUUCAACUUGCAGCGUGGACGAGAAUUUGGAGUCCCAGGCUACGGAGGGUGGAGGAGGUUCUGUGGACUGGAACCCAUCCUGUCCUUCGAAGGCUUGGCCCAUCUCAUGACCAACAACACGGCCGCCAUGUACGCCCGCCUCUACAAGUCAGUUGAUGAUAUUGAUGUAUGGAGUGCCGGAGUGUCUGAGAGACCACUACCUGGCUCCCUGUUGGGACCAGUGUUCUCCUGUAUUAUCGGUACCCAGAUGCAGCGAAUCAGAAGAGGUGACAGAUACUGGUAUGAACUUCCUAACCAACCCUCCUCCUUCACCCCUGACCAGUUGGAAUCGAUACGGAAAAUUCGUCUAGCACGAAUUCUCUGCGACAACACAGACAAUAUUGAGAGUCUGCAGGUGUACCCCAUGGUGCUGCAGGACCCACGCAUUAACCCCCGGGUGUCGUGUAAAAGUGGUAUUAUCCCUCACAUGGACCUGACUCCCUGGAUAGAGGUUCCUCAUGCGUUGCCUCCACAACCGGUUCUGGGGGGCCCGACUCUGAAGCCUGGAGGAUCAAGAACUUUAGCACAACAGUCCUUUUACUACUCGUUUGGUCUUUUACGUUAAACAAAUCUAUUCUAACGGCCAUACGUAAUUUCCACCAGUGGUAAUAUAUCAAAACGUUUAACGAUGUAAUUUUGAGAUUGGUUGGUGAAGUCUCAUCAGUCAGUUAUCUACUCUGAAGACGAAGUGUUGAUUUUCAUUCGAUGAAAUUUCAACAAUGGGUCACUGUGACACUUCCCACAAACACACAUUACUUCUACACUUUCAUUAAUUCCCAUAUCUGUUAUAUUCCUCUCACAGCAUGAAUGACAACCUAAACCACAUCUUCAGUCAAAAUGAAUAAUUUGUUUAAUGUAAAAGGCACUUUUUUUUGUUUACACCCAAUAUUUUAUAUAAUUUAUUUGCCUUUGUUGGUAUAUCAAAAUACCCAGCAAGUCAGCUGCCUAUCAUCCUCACACACAGUCACUGUACAACUUUUUUUAUAUUAUUUUAUGCCACAAGUAUUAUCAGUACAGUAAUUUAAAAAAAAAAAAAAGCCAGCUCGAAGUUAUACUUUAUGAAACAUUCAAACUUUGGAAAAGGAAGGUCUGGACAGUUCCAAAAUUUCAAGCAAUAAUUACUAUUAUUAUAAUCAUAAGUGCUAACCCCAUAAGGGUCAUGCAGCGCUGUCAAGCAAUAAUAUACUCUACACAACUCAAAAAAUUAGUGACUCGUCUUACCUUUCAUCUUAUGCCUCACACGACUCAAAAAUUUCAGUGACUCUUCCUUUUCAUCAUCUUAUGUACAUAACUCAAAACAUACUUAUCUCUUCUGCUGAUAUAAAUUGACCAAAUCCAACAUCAUCGAAACUGUCUUACUCUUCCCAAAAAAGAGCAACGUUUAAACAGUGGUUAUGGUCAUAUUUUUUUUUUCAAAAUAAAUAUAUUUUUAAA